GACGUUAUAAUUGUUUGUUUAUAUGGUCUUUUAACCAUAGUUUAACGUAACAUUAGUGUAAAAUUUGUGUACCAUAAUUUUAAUAAGUAAUAAAACGAGCACGUUCGUUUCAAAUAACGUAUUAUUAGUACAAACAUGUCUAGCAUCAAAGAAGAAAAACAGUAUGGUUUAAUUUUACCGAAAAAACAACAACCUGUAACACCAAGAACCAGCAAUAUAUUUGCAGAUGACAAUGAUUCAGAUGAAGAAGAUGGCACUGAUUGGGUUAAAAAAGCCCUCAAGGCAGAAGAAGAGAAAAAUAAAAUAAAAAAGCAAACCAGGUUGAAUAUGCAGAAAGCUUUGAAAGAAGACCCAACUAUAUAUCAAUAUGAUGAAGUAUAUGAUGAUAUGGAACGUACUAAAACGCAGUCAAAAGAAGCAAAGGAUGAGAACAAGAAACCAAAAUAUAUUCAAAAUCUCCUAAAAGCUGCUGAACGAAGAAAAAGGGAACAAGAACACAGAAUAGAAAGAAUGGUGCAAAAGGAACGGGAAGAAGAAGGAGAAAUGUAUGCAGACAAAGAAAGUUUUGUCACUUCUGCUUAUAGAGCAAAAUUAGAAGAAUUUAAGAAACUAGAAGAAGAAGAAUCUAGAAUGGAUAGACUGGAAGCUAUUGGAGAUGUUAAGAAACAGCAAGAUAUGUCAGGAUUCUAUAGACAUUUGUAUGAACAGACAAUCAAAGGACCAGAAGAAGCUCAAACUAAAAACAGUACAAAUGAAGAUAAACCUAAUUCGGAUAAAGAGAUACAGCAUGUAAAUAAAGAAACAGGUGUAGCUACAUCGAACAACGAACAAAUUACAAAUAAAAAAAGCAAAAAGAGUAGACAAUACAGACGGAGAGUGUUGGAGGAAGAAAGCGAUACAGAUGCUGAGGCUCCACAAACAGCAGAAAAUAAAACGAAAGUUCUUUCACCUGAAAAACAUAAAGACGUUGAAAUAGAAAAUGUAGAAGAACCUGAGAGUAAAAAACUUAAGGAACAAGCUGAAGAUGCUGAACAUAAUGUAAUAAAUAAUACAGUUGCAACAAAAGAUAGUUCAGAUAGAAAGAGUAAGGAAAAUGGCUCAGAAAAUAGUAAGAAUGAUACAGAUGAGGAAGCAAUCAAAUCUAGUGUCAGGGCAAAAGCAAAAAUAGAGGCAGAAAAGAGGGAAAGAUCUAAAAUUUGGGAGAAGAGGACAAUUGGGCCUGUAUUUGAAGCAGCUUUACAGAGAUAUUAUGCGAGAAAAUCUAUGAGAAUUACUGCUACAUAA